CACACACACACACACACACACACACACACACACACACACACACACUGAGCUCUCAGAUUGCUGCACUCAGUGUCUGUAAAGUCACUAUGCCGGGGACACACUCUCACACACUCUCACACACUCUCACACACUCACACACACAGAGCACAGACGCACUUCUUCCUUCUUUCCUUUCUUUUUACUUAAAAAGCGUGACGGAUUUUAACCUCGGAUCUGUUUUCAUUUAUAAAUAAACUAAACAAAAAAGACAUUUGCUGGAUUUUUCACUUCCUGGGAAAACUUUUUUCUUUAUAAACCUGGCUGAUUGUUUUAGCUUUUUGGUUUUAUCUCAGACCAAAGUCUCAAAGCUUCAAACUUUUUAUGAAUUUUUAAACAAAAUGUAGAUUUUUUUGUUGAAAGCGGCUCCUUUCCGUCUCUGGAUGAGAUUCAGCAAGUGAUCUUUAAUUCAUUUCCGACUCCAUGCUGAACAUGUUUAUGAUUCGUUUUUUCUGUUCUCCAUCGGCGUGACGUGGACGUGAGCGUGAAGAGAACGUGACCUGGACGCAAGCUGAAGGAACCGAACAGCAGCGAGUUGAGCUCUGAUUGACUCACGCUUUGGGUUGCUGAAUUAAACAAUAAGAGACUUUGUACCGAAGGUUUUUUUUUUACAUUGUUAUCAUCAUGGCGGAUCAUGUAAAGUAUCCAGUGAACACGUUUGAGGUUUGUUAGUGAACUUAGAAUCACCUGAUGCAGCUUACCUUCACAUUUUGGAUUAAUGCUUUUGUUUUUUUUAUAAAAGGCCUCCGAUCGCUCCGGUUCUAAACUCGUUUUCUUAAAGAUUCCUAAGCUGACGGUUGGAAAAGUCAAACAAUUUCCAUCUGGUGGAAAGGAUCCUUUAAGUGUUUGACUGUUUUCACUGUAAUGCCAGAUUGAGCAAAAAAGAACAGUCAUUUUUUUCAUGAUCAUCAUGAUGUUGUGUCAUGAUGUCACUCCUCUGAUGAAAACCUCUAUGGUUUCUUAUGUUAGUCCUUUUGCUCAAGUCAGUCAGUUAUAAACUCAUCUGUUAUAAAUGGCUUCAGUUUAACCCAAAGCCAGUAAGUGAGUUUUUUGUGAUCAUGUGAUCAGAGUCCAGUGCGGUGUGAAGUAAACGAGUUCUGAACACAUUUGAAAAGAAAAUCUAAAUCUUUGUCAAACACACAGUCGUAAACUCAUAUCCUCCGUCCUUGCUGUCGUCAUCACGAUCAUGUCGAAGUCUUUGGACCACGUGAAACGCCCGAUGAACGCCUUCAUGGUCUGGUCUCGAGCCCAGCGCCGGCAGAUGGCUCAGGAGAACCCAAAGAUGCACAACUCUGAAAUCAGUAAGCGUCUCGGGGCCGAGUGGAAGCUGCUCACCGACUCUGAGAAGCGGCCGUUUAUCGACGAGGCGAAGAGACUCCGAGCGCUGCACAUGAAGGAGCACCCUGACUACAAAUACCGGCCUCGAAGGAAACCGAAGACCCUCGCCAAGAAGGAGAAGUUUGCCCUGGCUCUGCCGUAUGGAGUGCACGCGGAAGCAGAAGCACUGAAACCCUCUGCCGAGUCUCUGGUGCGCGCUUCAGACAGAGCCAGGAUCCUGUUUGCUCCAUCCAUCUGCGCCAAUCCGUACUCCUUUCUGGAUUUCGGAUCCAAGAUGGCAGACUUCUCUCCACCUCCCCCUCCUCCUCCACCUCUCCCUCCGGCAAUGCCGACCUUCCCGUACCCGUCGUCAUUGGGUUUCCCGCCGUUUCCUGGCGUCCACGCGCACACCAGCGCGCACAAUCCGGCCUUUUUGAUGCCUUGCAGCUGUAGCGCGUGGCCCACAUCAUCAUCUUCAUCGUCAUCAUCUUCGUCAUCUUCAUCAUCCUCUGCAUUUUCAACACCGUUGGCGUACAUCCUGUUACCCGGCGUCGGAAAAGCACCGAUGGAGCCGUAUCACGCCUACGCCACCGCGUUAUGAGACAAUAUUGCACCAUUAAAUGUGUUACAAGAAAACAAACAAACAAACAAACAAACAAAUAAACAAACAAAAGAACAUUCCGAUGUUUACUUUGACUACGUCAGAAGCGUGUGCAUGAAGUCAUCUAAAGAACAUACUGAAGGAACGACAAAGCUCUCAGCAUCAUGCUGUUCCAGCAAGACAGUGAAGGACAGGACGGUGUGAUGGACGAUAUCGGCGUAACCCGAGGGUUUUAUUCCUCUUACACCACUCACAAUUUCUCAUUUAUUUCUGAACAACACUAAUGUAUCACGCUAUUUAUCCCUUUAUUGUUACACUGAAUAGAGAAACUAGCGAGUCUCAUACUGUAUGUUCCUUCCCUGGUUCCCUCCUUUUUUCUUGCAUUCUUUAAAAAAAAAAAUCGCAGUUUGUCACUGGAGACUCCUUCCAUCAACGUUAUAUAAACAUCACCAUAGCGACGGCAUCCGUUAGCGAUCAGCCGAACGUCCGCCCGAGCUGUCGCUAUAGCAACACCUGAUGACCAAUCAGAAUGCAGAAUUGUGGUGUAAUGAGGUUAAUAUGAAGAGAGUAUAAAGUGAAUAAAUCUGUACCUGUGUGUGUGUGUGUGUGUGUGUGUGUGUGUGUGUGUGUGUGUGUGUGUGUGUGUGUGUGUGUGUGUGUGUGUGUGUGUGUGUGUU